GUUUUUGAAUAAUUAAGUUUUAAUCUAUAUUUGCAGGUGCAGAUGCCAAAAUAAAAGAACUUGGCACUAAGAUUUUAGACAUGACAAGCAGUAUAAUUGGAAAUUUGAAUUGAAAUAUAUAUAGUAUAGUAAGUAGUAUAUUCCUUUGAUUCUUCAACUGAGGCAUCAACACCGUUGAGUCAUGCUACUUUGUAAUUGGCUAGGCGUGCAUGUCUGUCUUCCCUGGUCUUUAGGUAUCUAUAUUUGACCUUUAAUUACAACCUCAACUUAAGCAAAUUUUCAACUAACAUAAUAAUUAAAAAAAUAAUUCAAAUUUUGUUUCUCUCACUCUUAAACCCAUCCCACUAAUUUCUUAUACAACAUGCACCCCACGUUCACACAACCAUGCUCAAAAAAGAAAAAACUAACACAAAAACAAAUCACAUCCACUCUUUUGUCAAACUAAAAAUGCAAAACAAAAAAAAGCUACAAUUUCAUUUCUUACUAUACUUUGGCUUUCUCACCUGCAUUAUUCCUUUCUCUCCCACUUUCUCUCCCAUUGAGGGUCUCUUACACCCUAUGUUUUGUUCUCCCUUGUUCAUCCAUUGAAUUUUUUUAAGUUUUCUUAAAACAAAAUGGUUAGAGCAGGGGAGCAAGAACAAGAAGGUUACAGGAGCAAACUGUUUAAUUUCAGAGGGAUGUUUGAUAGCAAUGCAGGGAAACAUACCAAGAGUUUGAGCUUUGACGCAGCAUUGGAUCAACAACUACCUAAUGAAGAUGGUUCUGCCUCAUCAAAAAGUCAAGGAUCAAAUUCAGACAAAAUUCCUAAGGCAAAGGUAAUUAGCAAGGAGGAAAUCGCAGCUAAGGAAGCCAGAGAGAAACUAUUGCAAGAGAUGGAACAGAUGAAGGAGAGAUUUGCCAAACUGCUAUUAGGUGAAGACAUGUCAGGCGGAGGAAAAGGUGUUUCAUCUGCUUUGGCACUGUCAAAUGCAUUCACAAACCUUGCAGCAUCUAUUUUCGGUGAACAAAAGCGCCUAGAACCAAUGCCAGCAGAAAGGAAAGCAAGAUGGAGAAAAGAAAUUGAUUUGCUUCUAUCAGUCACAGAUUAUGUUGUUGAAAUGGUUCCUUCACAGCAAAAAUCUAAGGAUGGCACAAGUAUGGAGAUUAUGACAACACGACAACGAACAGAUCUCCACAUGAAUAUCCCAGCCUUACGCAAGCUCGAUGCAAUGCUCUUCGAAUGUCUAGACAACUUCAAAGAUCAAAAUGAGUUCUAUUAUGUAUCAAAAGAUGCAGAUGAUGCAGACGGUGACAAUGCAAAGACAAACAGUGAUGAUAAAUGGUGGUUACCUACACCGAAGGUUCCAGCAGAAGGUCUAUCUGAUGCAGCUAGAAAAUUUUUACAAUAUCAGAAAGAUUGUGUGAAUCAAGUACUUAAAGCAGCCAUGGCAAUAAAUGCUCAGGUUUUGUCAGAAAUGGAGAUCCCUGAGAACUAUAUUGAAUCCCUCCCCAAGAAUGGAAGAGCAUGUCUAGGGGACGCAGCCUACAGGAGCAUUACAGUUGAAUUUUUUGAUCCUGACCAGUUCCUAUCAACCAUGGACCUGUCAUCAGAACAUAAAGUCGUAGAUCUCAAGAAUAAAAUUGAAGCAUCAAUAGUGAUUUGGAAGCGGAAAAUGAACCAAAAAGAUAACAAAUCUGCUUGGGGUUCUGCUGUAAGUUUGGAAAAAAGAGAGCUCUUUGAAGAGAGAGCGGAAACCAUCUUACUUCUAAUAAAGCACCGAUUCCCUGGCAUUCCUCAAUCUUCAUUGGAUAUAAGCAAAAUCCAAUUCAACAGGGAUGUAGGGCACGCCGUUCUUGAAAGCUAUUCAAGAAUAUUAGAAAGUUUGGCCUUCACAGUACUUUCAAGAAUAGAUGAUGUACUUCAAGUCGAUUAUCAAGUUCAAAAUCCAUCUGGAAAAAGGAGAAUUUCAGUUUCAAAGCCAUGCCCUAGUCCUAGAGAAGAGAUAGAUAAUGGCGGCGCAGAAUUGCCUGGUGCAAUGACACUAUCAGAUUUCAUGGGUUGGGGAUCUGAUCAACCCGACACAGACAUGAAGAAGGACCCUUUUGAAAUUUCAGAUGACUUUUACAAAGACAUUGAAACCAAGCAGCAACAAAAACUUCCGGCCGUAGUGACCAACAAGAAGGUGUCAUACCUCGAGACAUUGGGAGUCAUGAGAAGUCCGACGUCGCGUCAUUAAAGCACCGUACUUAGAUUCAUAGAGAUGUUUAAUUCGUCGGAGUCUUGUUUGUUUUUGAUCGAUUCUCUCCUUUUGUACAUAGGAAUGGCAGAAUCAAUUGAAAAACUAUCAGAGAUUUUUCCUCUGAAGGAUUUGUAGUCUGGUAGCUACCAACUUGAGGUUUUUUAUGAUACCACAAUGUAUCAUUUCUAUUGUUUUGUGGUUAUAAUUUUUAUGUAGACAUCAUUACCAGCUAAUGUGUGUAACAAACAACUUCAACUAGUAUUUACUUUCCAUUGUUUUAUAGAAA